CACCAUUCUACUCCUUUCGCUCUUUCCUAUGCUCUCACUUCAACUCACACCCUAAGAACCUUCUCUUUCUCUUCAUCAAUGCUACACAACACCAUAACCACUAACCAAAUUACCCUAUUCUGUCUUGUGGAUGGAGAAUCAACCUCAAACGCGUUUUCGCGAGAUUGACCCUACCAAGACAGUUGAUGGCCUCAAGAAGCACAUCAAGGCUGAGAAGACUCCUCGCUUUGAUGAUGUCGCCGCUGAUGAACUCACCCUGUGGCGCGUCUCUCAUCCUGUCAUUGCAGCUAACAAGCACCAACCCAUUCUCCUGAGCCUCGUUCAGCAGCGAAUAGAGGGAAUCACAUAGACAAUGCUAUUGGGUCGUGAUGUGGUGCAGA